CGCCGGGACGUGACAAGACUCCGGAACUGUCACCUGAUUCAGAGCUAGCUGUUUCGGAGCUCAUCGAGAGCGAGUGAAGAAUUCAUCGGAAUUGAUGGGAAAAGACGGGUCUCUGGUGACAGAUUGCGAAAGAUGCAGUAGGGCUCAGCAACCGGUAGAUUCAGAGCAGGUCUCGGAGUUCACUGGAGAGCAAGUACAAUUACCAGAAUCGAGGGGAGAAGAUUGUCAGGCAGAAAUGGUGUGCAAAUGUUCACAAUCUACAGUCAGUGAUUCAUUGACUAGUUCUUGUACUAGUGUUAGUAGAGACGGUGCCUUGUGUAAUGGGCGCACUGCUCAACCAGAAAGUUUAGAGUCAGGCGUUGUUAAGAAGACACCGGCUGAGGAGGAGGAGGGGGAGGAAAGGGAGGAGAAAGGGGAGGAGGGAGAGAAAGUUGAUCUUUGUCAGGUGACUGAAGGGGAGGAGGGUGGAGUAAGGGGAAAUGGCAAAGACACUCUGGGAGGUGGUUCUGGGGACAGAGGAGGUACAAGCAGGGAGACAGGGGACAAUUCAAGGUCCUCCAGUCGUUUCGAGAGUACAUCUGAUUCUGAAAGCGACACUGCAAUGGAUAGUACACCCGAGCUAACUCCGGAAAGGAAGGCGACCGAUGAAGCUAAAGAGGAGCCAGUGUUCAGGGACGCCACGAAGCAGCUGCUCAUCAAGAGUCUCCCGCCAGUUUUGACCCUGCACAUGAAGAGGUUUCUGCAGGACGGUCGCCGACUGAGGAAGAACGGACGUCACAUCGACUUCCCCUGAGAUCCUCGACGUAGCUCCUUUCUGCAACCCCGACUGCAAGGCUCCUCGAGACGAUCUUGGAAGAACCCUGUACUGUCUGUACGCAGUAGUGGAGCAUUCGGGAGGAAUGCAGGGCGGCCACUACACCGCAUACGUAAAAGUCAGAGAUAGCCACGCCCAUUUCACACCAGUGGGAGGGGCCAGCGAUCAAUUUGUCAGUCCUACUCGUCGUCAAGAUGCAAUGGUCGCGCCCGCUUCACCCACGAUCGCUAUGGCAACUGUCGGUGUUUGUACUGCAAAUGCUACCACUGACGACGAAAGAAGUGCCAUUAGUACCACAAAUAGUACCACAACUGACCACCCGACAACCGACAACAACCACACUGAGCAGAAACAAGACCACGACACAGUCAAUUGUAGUCUGAACAAUACAUCUACCAGUGAAGCCACUUUCGAACAAUCGCAUACCACAGAGGACCAAACAGGGACCACAAACGGUACCAAAACACAACCAAACGGUGCCAAAACACAGCCGAACCGGACAAGCGCCAUUUUUGAUGCGUCGUCCACCGAUGGCCAAUGGUACCACAUUAGUGACACGCACGUUCGAACUGCCACCCAAACCGAGGUCCACAAAUGCCAGGCGUACUUGCUGUUCUACGAGAGACUUCCAUUAUUCAACACUCCUGAGAAUGUAUAACAGUGUCUCCUGAAUGUAGAUGUGAUUCAGCCGUGUCUCUACAACUGUACACAAUGGUAUCAUCAAAACUGAUUUGACCCUAGUUUAUAUAAUACACGUUAAAAAAAUAUUUAAAAAAACUGAAGAAGGUUAUCUGUGCCAGCGCUCACGUUUACUUUAUGUGUAGGGUGUAUGCAUGACCUAGAUAGAAAAUGAGGCAUUCUAUAUAAACUGAGCUAUAUUGGGGUGUGGAAAUGAGGC